GGUCCAUAACUUUGGCCAUCUUCUUCCUUCAGGGAGAAGAGGAGGAAGCGAACUUAUUGUGGAGUUGAUGAACUUUGCACAUCCAUAGAAACGCCAUUUUGAAUUUGAUUCCUCCCCCCCCCCCACCCCCUCUUCUCCCUCCGGAACAAACUUUUCUUUUCUUUUCGGCGUCUUUCUCUUCCCAUCUCUCUCUUUUUUUCUCCCCACCCCGUCCUCCAAUUUAUUAUUAUAAUUUUGAAAAGAAACAAAACCCGAUCGCCCAUCAUCAGUCCAAGCAGCUUUCCAUCAUGGCUCGACCCAAGCAACCCAGCCCGGAGCAAGUCAAACAUCUGAAGUGCAUUUCCGAAGAGCGAUCCGAAGCUUAGAAAGAGGUGAUUUUGUACUGGUCCUCCAUCUGUGCUGACACAGGAGUCCUCUGGCCACCAUCCACUAUCAGGGCCGCAUUUGCACCAGCAUCUCAGAAGCAAGAGGAAAUUCAGAAUUUUAAAGUGUUAACAGGUGCUGCUGCUGAGGAAAAGGCUUUGGAUCUAGAUGGUGCUAGGCUUAUCAUACUAAUACAAGCAAGCAAAGAAGGGGAAACCUUGCUCAACAGUGUCAAGGAAGGAAAAUGAAGAGGAUAAACUUGGAAGCUUAAAGCAAUCAUACGGCAGCAGCACCAGGCUUCCUGAACUGUUCUGAAAGCGUAGAUUUGCCCUCUUGUUGACAGAAUGAUGGCCACCGUCAUGAACUUGGGGAAGAUUGCUGAAAAUGGCACUGCAGCAUCACAAAGCGUCAAAACCCCAUCAAAACCUCUUCCUCCCAAUCGGAUUGGCAGGAGAAACCAGGAAACAAAAGAUGACAAGUCUUCCUAUAUCUGCCCUCUGUGUGAAAAGAAUUGCACUACUCAACAUCAGCUGACGAUGCAUAUUCGUCAGCAUAACACUGACACUGGAGGGACAGACCAUUCGUGCAGCAUCUGUGGAAAGUCUUUGAGCUCCGCAAGCUCCCUUGAUCGCCACAUGCUGGUGCAUUCUGGUGAAAGGCCUUAUAAAUGUUCGGUAUGCGAUCAGUCCUUCACCACCAAUGGAAACAUGCACAGACACAUGAAAAUCCACGAGAAGGAUCCAAACAGCACUACGAGUACAACACCUGCCUCCCCACUGAAACGCAGGCGGUUGUCCACCAAACGAAAACUCAGUCAAGAAACCGAGGCAGACAAGGAGGAGCAGAGUCCAGCAAAAAAGGUUGUUGAGGAACCGCAAACUGGAGAAGCUGAGAAGAAAGCGGAGGAAGUUCAUCGUUGUCCAGUGUGUUUCAAGGAAUUUUCUUGCAAAUAUGGGCUAGAAACCCACAUGGAGGCGCACCCAGAUACCUCACUGAGGUGUGACAUCUGUUGUAUUUCCUUCCGCACUCACAGGGGUUUGCUGCGGCAUAAUGCAGUAAUUCAUAAGCAGCUUCCAAAAGACCCAUUGGGAAAGCCUUUUAUUCAGAACAACCCUUCAAUUCCAGCAGGCUUCCAUGAUUUGGGAUUUACAGACUUCUCCUGUAGGAAAUUUCCCCGCAUUUCUCAGGUCUGGUGUGAAACAAACCUGCGGAGAUGCAUCAGCGAGUACCAGCGGUAUGUGUGCGAGGUGUGCAACAAGGCCUUCCCCAUGCUCUCGGCUCUCAAGCUGCAUGCGGAAACCCAUGCGGCGGAUCAGGGAAAAGAGAAGCACAACCCGCAGCCGGAGGAUGCAGACCUGAAAGCUUACAUGGCCUCCUUGGGGCUGCAGCACACCAAAGACAUCAAGCCUAUCAAGCAGGAAGAGCUUGAGCCAGACGAGGAGGUCCAAGAAACGCAGCUAAGAACACUGAACUGUAGCCUACCUCAGGAACCUGGCAGCACGAACCAGCUGAACAUGUCCCCUCUGGAGGCUGCUUCUGUGGGAGGGCCCUUUUCGGUCCUUCAGCCAACAAAAGAAAACAUGAAGCUCCUCACGCUGCAGCCGUUCCAGAAAGGCUUCAUUAUUCAGCCUGACAACAGCUUUGUUGUCAAGCCGAUACCUGGUGAAUUAGCAGACAUCCAGCAGAUCCUAAAGAUGGCCUCCUCAGCGACCCCGCAAAUCAACCUCCCGCCACUUUCCAAGGCGCCUCACCUCUCCGUACAGUCCAUCUUCAAGCAUAUGCCUCCGCUGAAGCCAAAGCCCUUGGUCGCACCUCGGACCCUUGUAGCAACGUCAACACCUCCUCCGCUGGUCAACACUCAGCAAGCCUCGCCUGGGUGCAUCAGUCCAAGCCUUCCUCUGGUGCCGCCCAAGCUGGGCAAGACCUCGGAAGAAUCGACUUCAAAUUCCCACCUUCUGCACAGUCAGCUGGGAACCAAAUCCAGCCCUUCUCCCCAGGCCAAGGUGGAGGCUUCGAGUCAGCAUGAGAUGAAGACACAGCUGGAGCAGGACAGCAUCAUAGAGGCUCUCCUGCCUCUGACGAUGGAGGCAAAAAUCAAGCAAGAGGUAACAGAGCGAGACUUCAAAGCCAUCAUCGCCGCUGGGACGGCAAACAAGAAGAGCCCCGCCAUGAGGAAAGUCUUGUACCCGUGUCGCUUUUGUGACCAGGUCUUUCCUUUCUCGGGAGUUUUGAGGGCUCACAUCCGCUCCCACUUGGGCAUCUCUCCUUAUCAGUGCAACAUCUGUGACUACAUUGCCGCCGACAAGGCGGCGCUGAUCCGGCACCUGAGGACGCACAGCGGGGAGAGGCCCUACAUCUGCAAAAUCUGCCACUACCCUUUCACGGUGAAGGCCAACUGCGAGCGGCACCUGCGCAAGAAGCACCUCAAGACCACCAGAAAGGACAUCGAGAAGAACAUCGAGUACGUCGCCAGCAAUGCGGCGGAGAUGGUUGACGCCUUCUGCUCCCCAGACACGGUGUGCAAGUUCUGCGGGGAGGACCUCAAGCAUUACCGGGCCCUCCGCAUCCACAUGAGGACGCACAGCGGCUGCCAGAAGAAGAAGCCCUUCGAAUGCAAGGAGUGCGGCACGGCCUUCUCGGCCAAGCGGAACUGCAUCCAUCAUAUCCUCAAGCAGCAUUUGCACAUCCAAGAGAGGGAGAUCGAGAACUAUGUGCUGGCAGUGGACUGCACCCCUUCGGAGAGCCAGCCAGGUCCUCUGCUACUGGAAGACAGCACUUACAUGGACUGCAAGCCCGUCGCACCUUUCCUGGAACCCCAGAACGGCUUUUUAAGGGGUGCCCCCUCCCACGCAUCGAUCAAACUUGAAACCGCCAAUAGCUUCCCUAUGGACUUUGACGAGCCAUUGGAUUUCUCGCAAAAGAACAAAAACCUGAACUCUGUGCUGGUGAAACAGGAGAGCCCCUUUGGUUCUUCUCUGUAUGACUGUUCCAUGGAGCCCAUAGACUUGUCAAUUCCCAAAGCCCUAAAGAAGGACAGUGAGGACACCCUGAGCGAGGACAAGAAGCAAGAGCUCCUCGACGGGGCUGAUGACAAACUCCACAACUGCCGGCAGUCUCCUCCGGCUAACGGCAGCCUGGAAAACCAGGCCCUUAGACUUUCCCAGCCGUUGAAGGGUCCACUGCAUUUGACUGUCCCAAUCAUUUCUCCGACCGUUCUGGGGAACUCUUCCUUGCUGCGACCCUUGAGGCCGAAGCCGCCCCCUCUCUUGCCAAAGCCUCCUGCAACAAAAGAGCUGCCGCCCCUUGCUUCCAUUGCACAGAUCAUUUCGUCUGUGUCUUCUGCUCCCGCUUUGCUCAAAACGGAAGUCACAGACUCCGUCCCCAAGGCAGCCGUCAACAGUUCAGCCGGGUCCGAGAAGUCGGGGGGCUCCAAACCGAAAGCGACAAUCAUGGCUGCUGGCCAGGCCGACCCCGGCAUUCCCAGCGACUUGACGCAGCAGCGCCCGUGCAGCCCCAACGGGCCCCAGAAGUCUCCCCCUCUGGGAUCUUUGAAGAAAAGAGGCCGGAAGAAAGGAACGAGAAACAAGCCGAAGGCAAGCAGUGGCGUGGACCUGGAAUCCAGCGGGGAGUUUGCCAGCAUAGAGAAGAUGCUGGCCACCACGGACACAAAUAAGUUCAGCACAUUUCUGCAGUCGACUGAGGACUUCAAAGAAGCGGCUGACAGAAAUGGAACCAGCGAGGAAGAGAGGGAAGCGGCUGAAGACAAACUUCUGAGAGGGAAGAGAAAUGCCUACUCAAACUGCAUCCAGAAAAUCAAGUGUCCCCAUUGUCCUAGAGUUUUCCCCUGGGCAAGUUCCUUACAGCGGCACCUGCUUACUCAUACAGGUCAGAAGCCCUUCCCCUGUCAAAAAUGUGAUGCCUUCUUUUCCACCAAAUCUAACUGUGAACGCCACCUCUUACGCAAACACGGAGUUGCCAACUACUGUCUGAGAAGAAACGGGCUUAUCCCCCAGUCUAAAGAAAGUGAUGCUGGAGCUCAUGAUAGCACAGACAGUCAGUCAGAUCUGGAGAAUGCAAGUGCAGGAAGUGAAGCACUCGAUUUAACUUCUGGCGAGCGAGACCAGCAAGAGGAGGUAACUGACCUUCUGGAAGAGCCUGAGCACAGUCCCAAAGAGGAGGAGAUGGUGGACUCAACCCAGGGAGAGGAGGAUACACAAGAGAAAUUAAGCGAGGACGAAGAGGGCCCGGAAGAAGACUCUGUCAGCAACAGAAGCCUUGACCUCAAUUUCGCUAGCAAGCUAAUGGACUUCAAGCUGGCUGAGAGUGACCAGAGCACAGGCAGCAGUGUUCAGACUGAAAAGAAACACACCUGUGAUGCCUGUGGCAAAUCCUUCAAGUUUGCUGGCACUCUUAGCCGGCACAAAAAGGCUCACGUGCGCGAUGACAGGAAAGAUGAAAAGAGCAGUGAGGAUGAGAGCAGAAGCGUUCAGGGUGGAGCCCAAGUACCUGGAGCUCAGGAGGAUCCUUGUCUUGAGCAGGAGGAGCCCGGAAGGGACAUCAAGGUAGCAGAGUCUCCCACGGAUGGUGAGGCCACGGGGAGGGAGAAUGAGGAAAGCGAAAGCAUCUCCGAGGGGGAGAGCACAGAGAGGAAAUCUUCUGAGAAGAGUGAUGAUGACAGGAAGCCAAAGGCGACUGGUGGGGCUAAGGGUGAAUCCAAGGCAGACAAGAGAAAGAAAGUCUGUACGGUGUGCAACAAGCGAUUUUGGUCUCUACAAGACUUGACAAGGCACAUGAGGUCCCAUACAGGGGAGCGACCUUACAAAUGUCAGACCUGUGAACGGACCUUUACUCUGAAGCAUAGCUUGGUUCGCCAUCAACGCAUCCAUCAGAAGGUGAAGAGUGCUAAGAACCACGAGAAGGAGAGCGACAGAGAAGACACCCGCUCGCGGGGGGAGGAGGAGGACAGUGAAAACGAGUCUCUCCACAGCAGCCCCAACCCCGUCUCGGAAAACGAGUGCGACUCACUCGUGGGGCCAGGGAGCCAUUCGCCAGUCACCAGAAGCCGCAAAGGGAGCCUGGCCAAUGCUGCGAAGGAUGCCCUUUGCAAGGAGGAUGGGCCAACUGUGAGAACAGCGGGCCCUUGCCACGCGGAAUCCAGCAAGAAUGCACCAAAGCCCACGGCGAAAGAUCCAGAGUCUCGGGGGAAGGGUGAUCGUGGGAGCCCGUCGGGCUUCAUUCAGGACUUGCUGGAGAUUCACAACAAAAAAUCUUCCAUGAGUCACAUUCUGGCCUCUGCAGAGAGCGCGCCUCAGCUCUUGGGAGUUGAAUGACAGCUCUGGCAUCGGCGACUCCCCGGCAGACUGAUCUAGCACACAUGGAAUACAGUUGACGGUGCAUGCUUCUUCUUUUUUUUUUAGAUGCUGAGUCAGCUUGCUUUUGUGCCGCAGGAG